ACUUUUUUAGACAUCAGUGCGGACGUGAAAAUGAAAAGUGGAAUAGUUUUAGAACUUGUCAGUAUACACAUGCUGCUGUUGCUGGUUGCUAUGACAACAGGAGUGUCUACAAAGAAAGGUGUGGUACAUAUUGGCAGAGAUUACUUAUGUGGUGACUUUGGCAACUUAAAUUCCGGUAUAGUUUCAUGGUAUGACUACUUAAUCGACUUGACAUAUUUUCGUUCAAAAGAAAUCGAACAAAACUGCGCAACAAACAUUUACGACUACAGUGACAAGUUCGUCGCAAUGGUAUGGGGCCUCGAUACCAAUUUGGAUAAAACUAUUGCUGGAAGUACUGUAUUUGGAUACAACGAACCUAAUCACGAAACUCAGUCCAAUAUUACUGCCACGUUAGCUGCAGAAUCAUGGGGAAAUAUAACUCAAAAGUUCCCUGGCAAAACAUAUGGGAGUCCAUCGGCGUCUAAAUGUGGAGGACAAAAUUGUUUAAGCGAUGAUGUUGGUUGGUUUGAUGAGUUCUUCCAAGUGUGUGAACAAUACAAUUGUCAUGUGGACUUCCUCAUAACUCAUACUUACAUGUGCGAUGCAGAUGCAGUUCUUUCCUAUUUAGAAUUUCUGAGCGUUAGAUAUUCGAAAAAUAUUUGGCUGAAGGAAUUUUCGUGCGGUCAGAUCAAAAGUAAAUUACUAAUGAAGAUUUUUAUGCAACAAAUUCUUCCUAAGCUUGAAGAGGCCCCUUUUAUAAUAGGAUAUAAUUGGUACAAAUCGAGACUCGUGGAGGAGGAGAAUGGUACAGACUAUGUCUAUCCAGCCGCAAGUCUUCUUCACGCAAACAACAAUUCCCUCACAGAGUUAGGACAGAUUUACAUUAAUUAUAAUGGUGGUGCACUUCCAGUUGAAGUUAUACCAAAGCCAAAUGCACCAGCUGAGGCAUUAUCUCUUCUUAUCAACGAGAAAGCCGCCAAUCGAGAAGAUCUGACGGGUGCUGACGAGAUUGAAGCAUUAGCAAUUCUUAAAGUGUUUUUAUGGAAUCCUACUGAUUGGCCGGACAUACUUUAUUCCAUCAAACAACAGUACAACAAUCUCCAGGAGACAGUUGCUGCUUAUUAUAUGACAGCUACGAAAAAGGAUGUAAAGGCCAGAAUCAGGGAGGUUUUUGAGGUGUUAAUGUGCACACAUAUGAAUCAUAUUCUGGACAAAGGAGAUCUAAGGACAGAGGUACAAAGGGUCCAAUCGUUGGAAUAUAACAUAACAGGUUUAGAGAAAAAGGGACGGCUGAAGAUCCCAGCAUGUUGA